UCCGGUUUAAUCAAACGACGAAGUCUAUUUUGGCUAGCUAGCGAGCUAGUUUAUGAAACAAGUUUAAUAGUAAUUUAUUGACACCGCAAUCAAAAUGGGGAAGCGUCAACAUCAGAAGGAUAAAAUGUAAGUUCUGAGCAUAAUGUUUUCAAGUAUAUAAUAAUGUCAAAAAGCUUGACAAAGUACUAGCUAGCUAGCCAGCCAACGACACUAGCUAACCUUUAACGUUAGCUAACUAGCUAGUAACCGAGAGCGAAGAAACAGGUUAGCUACUAGCUAUACAUCUGCGCUAACAGAGAGGAAGAUGCGAAGCGAGAAGAUUUACUCCUCCCAAAAUAUAUGUCUGCGUGAGAUGUGCUCUUUUUGUGUGGAGGUCCAUGCCGCUGUCGGAUUACGUGAGGCUUAUUUGAUCGAAGAUAAGUUUCGUAGUUAACGUGUAGGCUGUUUAUAAAUGUACUGAUGUAAGUGGACGCACGUGGCAUUCCGGCAACUGAGGAAAAACUACUUAGCUGUGCCUGUUGUUCACUCAAGCCCCCUUUCCAUUGGACACUUUGAAGCCAUGCCGGGUUGGGCUGGCCCUUGGUGGGCUAGCUCGAAUUGCGUUUCCACUGCCUCCAGAAACGAUGUUAUGUUGCCAGGUAGCCAAUAUGUGACUGUACAGCUGGCUUCGCUAAUGUUGCUAGCUAACUAGCAAGAUGUUGAAGAAUUGUAUUCACCCUCACCAUGUUGUAUCUAACGUUACCCCAUACUCCUGCCAGUGCCAGACAGACUCAGAGCCUUGUAUUUAGCUUGCUAACGUAACGUUAGCUAGCUAUCUAAACGAUUAGCAUCGUCGCUGGCAUAACAGGCUAGCUAGCGUAAUUCCUACCAUGCCAAUAUAUAGGCUAUUAGCUAACCAAGCAAACCAGACGACAGGUUUGAUAUGAUGUAGCUAUCUAGCUUUCAAUACGACAUGGCCAGCUACAAUUUAUGCUAGCUAGCUGGUAAGCUUGUUUCAACUCUGAUUUGCUAGCUAACGUUAGGUCGCUAACGUUCGAGGGCAGACUGUAAUCAUAAAAGUGUAUUGUGCAAAAAUGAAUGAAGUAUCCGGUGGUAAUUCGUGUCAUGUCUGACUACUGCAGUUCUGCUUUUUCCAUGUGCUAGCUAACAGCAACAAGCUAGCUAGCUAAACAUGGUGCCAGCAUCCAGGAGUGAUCAGCUGGUGGUUGCGUAGUAACGGCGUCACCAGCUCGAAUUUGACCCUUCAAUCUUUGAGGACAUGUUUUAUUUCGAGAACUUAAUAAUAAUAAUAAUAUGCCAUUUAGCAGACUUCAACAGCGUUUUGUAGCUUUAGCCUGUGUAUUCAAGCCAUGCCGGAUCUUUUACUAAAAAUGUUUUCUUUCUGAGAAUUUUGCCAUCCAACCAAGUUUUCCAAUUGCGUUUGAUAGUGACAUCUUUACUAUUUUACCCUGCUUCUAAACUUCAAGGGCUGUGUCACAGUUUUUUUUCUUUUUGUCUCCAGGUACAUCACAUGUGCUGAGUACACCCAUUUCUAUGGCGGAAAAAGAUCAGGUAAUGUUCUUUUGAUAUUGUCCCUUAAGAGGAGGAGUAGAACCCAGUUGUUCAUUACAAUACGUACAAUACUGAAUCAUGCUGAUUAUUUGAAAGAGUUCUUCAGUAACAAUGUUAAUGCUUUCGGUCUUUUUUAUUUAUUUUUUUAUCUCUUUAAGAAAUUCCAAAGUCAAAUUUUCGACGUCUUCCAUUUGACCACUGCAGGUAAGAAAUUAUUUCACCAGCCCAGAGCAAAAGUACAGUUCGCAAGAGGCAAAAAUACCGUAGCGACCUUACAGUGUUGUCAUUCGAAUCUAAGGUUUUAGCAGUGGUGCUACAUUUUAAAUGUGUGUGUGCUCAAUCUUGCCCUGUCCCAUUUCAGUUUGUCUCUGCAGCCGUUUGAGUACCCCAUGUGCACUCCUGAGGGAAUCGUCUUUGACCUGCUGUGAGUAGAGAUCUAUAUGUAAUAUAAUGUAAGGUUGUCUACUGAUGUUAAAGUGAAGCUGAAAUCUGUAAUUGCACUGUCAUUUUCAGCCUGGUUUAUACCCAACGUACGUAUAAACAAUUGGCCCAGCGUCGUCCGGGUUUGGCCGGUGUAGGCCGUCAUUGUAAAUAAGAAUUUGUUCUUAACGGACUUGCCUAGUUAAAUAAAUUAUUAAUAUUUUUUUUUAAAGGACUACAAGUUGCGUAGCAAAACUAUGCAGACGUGUGCAGCCCCUCAAUUCAUAACUCAAGGCAGGAUCGCCAUUUUGCUUAUCAUUCUUGCUUUGUAUAAGUAGAGUAGGUGUAAACCAGCCUGUAGCGUUGACCAAACCCCUCUGUGUCCUGUGCUUUAGGAGCAUCGUUCCUUGGAUAAAGAAGUUUGGCACCAAUCCCAUCUCUGGAGAGGUAAGUAGUCAGCCAACCACAACAGGAUUGUUCCUGGCACUUCUUAAGAAAUGGAUUAUUAUAAGCAUGACAGUACCUUUCUCAGCCACUGGAGGGAGUCAACCUCCACAGCAUGUUGAGGCUGUCAUCCGAGUCAGAGAUCUGUAUAUAAUGAUGAGAUGCUCAUGUCUCCAUCCCAACAAUGGGAGUCGUCCCAAAUGCGGGAAGGCAGGCGUCAAGCUUAGGUCCAAAAAUAAGCCUAUCAUAGUAACGCAUUGGACUUAUUUUAGACAGAUUUAGGUGAGACUGAAAACUCUCUGGCUUGGCCUCUUCCUCUCUGGCUGAGUGCAUGUCUUCCCUACGUCCAUGCUUACCUGUUCCCCUGUGGACUUUACAGGUAAGCCCCCUAGUACACCAACUGCCAUUCUUUCCUCUGGUAAAGUAACAGAGAUUAAACUAGGUGGAUAAAACAUAUGUCCAGAUCACGCCGUGACAGUUUCACAUGUCCACGAACUGAUAGGUGAGACGUGCUCGUAUCUGCGUGUGUGAGUGAGAGAGACUUAAUGUGUGUCCUUCCAGCUGGAUCCUGCAGUCAGUCAGCCAGUCAGGAGUGAUUAGUCUGGCUGCAGAGAGAUCCUUCUAGAACAGGGGAAGGCAACCUGGGUCCAGGAGGGCUGCAGGCGCUUAACGUUUUUGGUUUAACCGACCUGGAAGACCAGGUGUGUUGAAUUUAGUCAAUCACUGAUCUGAUCAAUUAGCUCAGUUGGUCAGGUGUGGUGCCUAGUUGGAACCAAAUCCUGCAGUACCUGCGGCACUCCAGGAACAGGGUUGCCUACCCCUGUUCUAGACAUGUCUGGACUAGUCCUGCUGCUGGGGUACACACACACACACACACACACAUACAUACAUGUCUGGACUAGUCCAGCUGUGGGUCUCUCUCUCUCCACUUGUGAAGGACUAACACAUGGGUUGUUCCACCUCAACACUAGAAAGUGUUGCUUUGCUUUAUCUUGGCCAGGUCGCAGUUGUAAAUGAGAACCUGUUCUCAACUGGCUUACCUGGUUAAAUAAAAAAUAAAUAAAAAAGAGGAUUUCGACACCCACCGUCUGAGAUUGUUCUGAAAUCAUUUCUGCAGUUAGUAACAGAUAUUAUUAUAAAUCCUGAAACAUUAUUUUGUUGAAAUAAAAUGUGAUCUCUGACAAAUUAAGCUAAUUGAUUGCACCCAAAUAGGCAAUUUUUUUUAAAUUAUAGGAUUUGGAUAGUAUUCAAUAUAGGACCCAACAUCCAAUUUGGACCAAACUUCUUCCUUCCAAGGAGUAAGACGUGUUAAAUGGACACACCAAUCCCACCCCAACAGCCAGUAUACAGUAUCAGUUCUUUGUUUGUGGAGUAGUAUGGAGCUGCAGCUUGGAGUAUUGCUUCUCCAUUCUGUUGAAUUUAUUCCCUGUUUAAUCUAGUGAAUAUAUAUAUAUAUAUAUAUAUAUAUAUAUAUAUAUAUAUAUAUAUAUAUAUAUAUAUAUAUAUAUAUGGUCCUCUGUAGCUCAGCUGGUAGAGCACGGCGCUUGUAACGCCAAGGUAGUGGGUUCGAUCCCCGGGACCACCCAUACACAAAAAAAAAUGUAUGCACGCAUGACUGUAAGUCGCUUUGGAUAAAAGCGUCUGCUAAAUGGCAUAUUAUAUUAUAUAAUAGUGUGGCACUAAACUAGGGACAGCGGCAUCUAGUGGUCAAAACCUGGUACUUUCACACUACUUAAUGGUAAAUAAUGCAAGCGACUUCAAUGACAUUUCUCUGAGAUUAUUAUUAUUUACCAUAAAGUAGUGUGAAAGUACCAGGUUUUGACCACUAGAUGCCGCUGUUCCUGGUAUAGCGCCACACUAUUAUCCAUUUUGCUGGUCUCUUGUGUUUAUUAAAUAUAUCACAACAUUGCCUCUGCGACUUUGGGUAGAAAACCAAUUGCUUUGGCUCAUUAUGAAAAUAAAUUGUGGUCAUCCUCACAAUUCAAGCCAGUCCUCCAUGAAAGCAGUUCCGUUUGACCUUCUUUUACAAGCAUUUCACGGCAAAGUCUACACCAUUUGAUUUGGACCAAAUCAGAUGUUGGGUACUAUAAUUAUUGAAUAUAAAUUAAAAUGUCCAAUUUUGGUGCAAUCAAUUAGCUUAAUUUGUCUGAGAAUUACAUUUAAACAAAAUAAUGGUUCAGGAAUGUUUCUAACUACAGAAACCAUUCAGAACAAUCUGAGAUGGUGUGUGUCAUGGUUUACUGAAAUGACAUGGAAUCACUAUCAGCAUGUAUGGUUAUGGCUUAGGGCAGGAGGGGGGAGAUCAUAGGGGGGGGGGGGGGAGAUCAUAGUGCUUAGGGCAGGAGGGGGGGAGAUCAUAGUGCUUAGGGCAGGAGGGGGGAGAUCAUAGUGCUUAGGGCAGGAGGGGGGAGAUCAUAGUGCUUAGGGCAGGAGGGGGAGAUCAUAGUGCUUAGGGCAGGAGGGGGGAGAUCAUAGUGCUUAGGGCAGGAGGGGGAUCAGGCUAGGGCAGGAGGGGGGAGAUCAUAGUGCUUAGGGCAGGAGGGGGGGGAUCAUAGGGCUUAGGGCAGGAGGGGGGAGAUCAUAGGGCUUAGGGCAGGAGGGGGGAGAUCAUAGGGCUUAGGGCAGGAGGGGGGAGAUCAUAGGGCUUAGGGCAGGAGGGGGGAGAUCAUAGUGCUUAGGGCAGGAGGGGGGAGAUCAUAGUGCUUAGGGCAGGAGGGGGGAGAUCAUAGUGCUUAGGGCAGGAGGGGGGAGAUCAUAGUGCUUAGGGCAGGAGGGGGGAGAUCAUAGUGGAUCAAAGGAGAUUCAGCAGCAUUAGCCCUGCCGUCUGUCUGUACCUGCCGUGCUGCCGUCUGUCUGUACCUGCCGUGCUGCCGUCUGUCUGUACCUGCCGUCUGUCUGUACCUGCCGUGCUGCCGUCUGUCUGUACCUGCCGUGCCGUCUGUCUGUACCUGCCGUGCUGCCGUCUGUCUGUACCUGCCGUGCUGCCGUCUGUCUGUACCUGCCGUGCUGCCGUCUGUCUGUACCUGCCGUCUGUCUGUACUGUGCUGUGUUUAUAUUGUAUGGUCUCUGAUGCACUAAGUCUGUACAUUAUAAAGCUGUAUUACAGAAGGCUGACUAACCUGAACACUAAGUCUGUACAUUAUAGAGAGCUGCUAUAUAGAGAUGUAUCAUUUAUUCCUAAGCAUUGCCUCAUUAAUAGUCCAGACUGCCCAUGCACUCUCCCUCCACCUCUCUCUGUCAGUCUCUCUCCCUCCACCUCUCUCUGUCAGUAUCUCUCCCUCCACCUCUCUCUGUCAGUAUCUCUCCCUCCACCUCUCUCUCUCUCCCUCCAACUCUCUCUCUCUCCCUCCAACUCUCUCCUCCAACUCUCUCUCUCUCUCCCUCCAACUCUCUCUGUCUCCCUCCAACUCUCUCUCUCUCCUCCACCUCUGUCUCUCUCCCUCCAACUCUCUCCAACUCUCUCUCUCUCUCCCUCCACUCUCUGUUCAUGUCUCUCUCCUCACCUCUCUCUCCUCUCCCCAACUCUCUCUCUCCUCCACUCUCUCUCUCCCUCCACUCUCUCUCUCUCCUCCCUCCACCUCUCUCUCUCCUCCACCUCUCUUCCCUCCCACCUCUCUCCCCCCUCACUCAACUCUCUCCCCCACCUCUUUCAUCACUCCUCUCCCUCCACCUCUCCUUCUCAUCUCUUCUCUCCUCCCUCUCUCUCUCCCCCACCUCUCUCUCCUCUCUCCACCUCUUCUCACUCCUCUCCUCCCCUCUCACCUCUCUCUCUCUCUCUCACCUCUCUCCCUCCUCUCCUCCACUCUCUCUCUCCCCUCUCUCCUCCACCACUCCUCCUCCUCCUCUCUCUCUUCUCUCUCUCCUCUCUCUCCUCUACCUCCACCUCUCUCUCUCUCUCCCUCCACCUCUCUCUGUCUCCCUCCCUCCCUCUUCACCCCACACCAGACACACACAUUCACAUGCAUUCUCUUCCCUCCAGAAACUGGAAGCUAAGUCCCUCAUCAAGCUAAACUUCGCCAAGAACAAUGAUGGUAGGUUUUUCAGUGAAUUUCAAAGCGUUCCGAACGACCAUCAUUCCCAACGUAAGUCUCUGAAGGCUUUCUGUAACUAACUACACAACCAUCAUCGUAGGACAGACUACUAACUAACUACAGAACCAUCAUCAUAGGACAGACUACUAACUAACUACAGAACCAUCAUCGUAGGACAGACUACUAACUAACUACGGAACCAUCAUCGUAGGACAGACUACUAACUAACUACAGAACCAUCAUCGUAGGACAGACUACUAACUAACUACAGAACCAUCAUCGUAGGACAGACUACUAACUAACUAACAGAACCAUCAUCGUAGGACAGACUACUAACUAACUACAACCAUCAUCGUAGGACAGACUACUAACUAACUACAGAACCAUCAUCGUAGGACAGACUACUAACUAACUACGGAACCAUCAUCGUAGGACAGACUACUAACUAACUACAGAACCAUCAUCGUAGGACAGACUACUAACUAACUACAGAACCAUCAUCGUAGGACAGACUACCAACUAACUACAGAACCAUCAUCGUAGGACAGACUACUAACUAACUACGGAACCAUCAUCGUAGGACAGACUACUAACUAACUACAGAACCAUCAUCGUAGGACAGACUACUAACUAACUACAGAACCAUCAUCGUAGGACAGACUACUAACUAACUACGGAACCAUCAUCGUAGGACAGACUACUAACUAACUACGGAACCAUCAUCGUAGGACAGACUACUAACUAACUACAGAACCAUCAUCGUAGGACAGACUACUAACUAACUACAAAACCAUCAUCGUAGGACAGACUACUAACUAACUACGGAACCAUCAUCGUAGGACAGACUACUAACUAACUACAGAACCAUCAUCGUAGGACAGACUACUAACUAACUACGGAACCAUCAUCGUAGGACAGACUACUAACUAACUACGGAACCAUCAUCGUAGGACAGACUACUAACUAACUACAGAACCAUCAUCGUAGGACAGACUACUAACUAACUACAGAACCAUCAUCGUAGGACAGACUACUAACUAACUACAGAACCAUCAUCGUAGGACAGACUACUAACUAACUACGGAACCAUCAUGGUAGGACAGAUUACUAACUAACUACGGAACCAUCAUGGUAGGACAGACUACUAACUAACUACGGAACCAUCAUCGUAGGACAGACUACUAACUAACUACAGAACCAUCAUCGUAGGACAGACUACUAACUAACUACGGAACCAUCAUGGUAGGACAGAUUACUAACUAACUACGGAACCAUCAUCGUAGGACAGAUUACUAACUACAGAACCAUCAUCGUAGGACAGACUACUAACUAACUACGGAACCAUCAUCGUAGGACAGACUACUAACUAACUACAGAACCAUCAUCGUAGGACAGACUACUAACUAACUACAGAACCAUCAUCGUAGGACAGACUACUAACUAACUACGGAACCAUCAUCGUAGGACAGACUACUAACUACGGAACCAUCAUCGUAGGACAGACUACUAACUACAGAACCAUCAUCGUAGGACAGACUACUAACUAACUACAGAACCAUCAUCGUAGGACAGACUACUAACUAACUACAGAACCAUCAUCGUAGGACAGACUACUAACUAACUACAGAACCAUCAUCGUAGGACAGACUACUAACUAACUACAGAACCAUCAUCGUAGGACAGACUACUAACUACGGAACCAUCAUCGUAGGACAGACUACAACUACUGAACAUCAUCGUAGGACAGACUACUAACUAACUACGAACCAUCAUCGUAGGACAGACUACUAACUAACUACGGAACCAUCAUCGUAGGACAGACUACUAACUAACUACGAACCAUCAUCGUAGGACAGACUACUAACUAACUACAGAACCAUCAUCGUAGGACAGACUACUAACUAACUACAGAACCAUCAUCGUAGGAAGACUACUAACUAACUACGAACCAUCAUCGUAGGAUACAGAACUAUCAGACAACCUACUACGAACCAUCAUCGUAGGACAGACUACUAACUAACUACGGAACCAUCAUCGUAGGACAGACUACUAACUAACUACGGAACCAUCAUCGUAGGACAGACUACUAACUAACUACAGAACCAUCAUCGUAGGACAGACUACUAACUAACUACAGAACCAUCAUCGUAGGACAGACUACUAACUAACUACAGAACCAUCAUGUAGGACAGACUACUAACUAACUACGGAACCAUCAUCGUAGGACAGACUACUAACUAACUACAGAACCAUCAUCGUAGGACAGACUACUAACUAACUACGGAACCAUCAUCGUAGGACAGACUACUAACUAACUACGGAACCAUCAUCGUAGGACAGACUACUAACUAACUACAGAACCAUCAUCGUAGGACAGACUACUAACUAACUACAGAACCAUCAUCGUAGGAGACAAAAUAACUCUAAAAUACUAACUACGGAACCAUCAUGUAGGACAGACUACUAACUAACUACAGAACCAUCAUCGUAGGACAGACUACUAACUACGAACCAUCACUAGGACACUACAAACGAACCAUCAUCGUAGGACAGACUACUAACUAACUACGGAACCAUCAUCGUAGGACAGACUACUAACUAACUACAGAACCAUCAUCGUAGGACGAGACUAACAUCUACAAACCUAACUACAGAACCAUCAUCGUAGGACAGACUACUAAAAUACGAACCAUCAUCGUAGGACAGACUACUAACUAACUACGGAACCAUCAUCGUAGGACAGAUACUAACUAACUACAGAACCAUCAUCGUAGGACAGACUACUAACUAACUACAGAACCAUCAUCGUAGGACAGACUACUAACUAAUCGUAGGACAGACUACUAACUAACUACGAACCAUCAUCGUAGGACAGACUACUAACUAACUACAGAACCAUCAUCGUAGGACAGACUACUAACUAACUACAGAACCAUCAUCGUAGGACAGACUACUAACUAACUACAGAAACCAUCAUCGUAGGACAGACUACUAAACUAACUACAGAACCAUCAUCGUAGGACAGACUACUAACUAACUACGGAACCAUCAUCGUAGGACAGACUACUAACUAACUACAGAACCAUCAUCGUAGGACAGACUACUAACUAACUACAGAACCAUCAUCGUAGGACAGACUACUAACUAACUACAGAACCAUCAUCGUAGGACAGACUACUAACUAACUACAGAACCAUCAUCGUAGGGACAGACUACUAACUAACUACAGAACCAUCAUCGUAGGACAGACUACUAACUAACUACAGAACCAUCAUCGUAGGACAGACUACUAACUAACUACAGAACCAUCAUCGUAGGACAGACUACUAACUAACUACAGAACCAUCAUCGUAGGACAGACUACUAACUAACUACGGAACCAUCAUCGUAGGACAGACUACUAACUAACUACAGAACCAUCAUCGUAGGACAGACUACUAAACAUAACUACAGAACCAUCAUCGUAUGGACGAUCUACUAACCUAACUACCAGAACCAUCAUCGUAGGACAGAACUAACUAACGACGGAACCCAUCAUCGUAGGACAGACUUACUAACUAACUACAGAAAACCAUCAUCGUAGGACAGACUACUAACUAACUACAGAACCAUCAUUUGUAGGGACGACUACUAACUAACUACAGAACCAUCAUCAUAGGAGACUACUACUAACUAACAGAACCACAUAGUAGACAGACUACAUAACUACUACGGAACCAUCAUCGUAGGACAGGACUAUACCUAACCUACGGAACCAAUCAUCGUAGGACAGGACUACUCAACUCAACAUACGGAAACCAUCAUCGUAGGGAAGAUUUACUAACUAACUACAGGAACCAAUCAAUCGUAGGACAGACUACUAACUAACUACAGAACCAUCAUCGUAGGCACAGACUACUAAACUAACUACAGAACCAUCAUCGUAGGAUAGGACAGAUUACUAACUAAACUACGGACACAUCAUCGUAGGACAAGACGACCUAACUAACUACAGAACCAUCAUCGUAGACAGAUUACUAACUAACUACGGAUAACCAUCAUCGUAGGUACAGACUACAUAACCUACACAGAACCAUCAUCGUAGGGACAGACUACUAACUAAACUACGGAACCAUCAUCGUAGGACAGACUACUAACUAACUACAGAACCAUCAUCGUAGGACAGACUACUAACUAACUACAGAACCAUCAUCGUAGGACAGACUACUAACUAACUACGAACCAUCAUCGUAGGACAGACUACUAACUAACUAGAACAUAUCGAACCAAAUACACUAACUACGGAACAACUAGGCAAUACUAACUACUACAGAACCAUCAUCGUAGGACAGACUACUAACUACUACGGAACCAUCAUCGUAGGACAGACUACUAACUAACUACAGGAACCAUCAUCUAGACAGACUACAUAACUACUACAGAACCAUCAUCGUAGACACGACUACUAAAACUACCAUACGAACCAUCAUCUAGGACAGAUUACUAACUAACAGAACCAUCAUCGUAGGACAGACACAACUAACUACACACCAUCACACACAACUACCUACACCACUACGGACACCAUCACUGGACCAACACACACUACACUACGAACCACCAACAACACACACCUACGGACCAUUCAUGGCACAGCUACACUAUCACGUCCACACUACACACUCACAACAAUCCAUGACAGCUACACCACAACUCACGGACACACAGCUUUACACACUACAACAGGUACAACUUGUUUUUAUUCCACACACACACACACACACACACACACACACACACCACACACACACACACACACACACACACAACACACACACACACACACACACACACACACACACACACACACACACACCACACACACACACACACACACACACACACACACACACACACACCAGGGCGGCAGGUAGCCUAGUGGUUAGGGCGUUGGGCCAGUCACCGAAAGGUCUCUAUAUCGAACCAACAAGAUUUAAAAUCUGCCGCUUUGCCCUAGAGCAAGGCUCUUAGCCCUAACUGCUCCAGGUUCGCUGUUGUUAAUGGCUGACCCUGGCCGUGACCCCACUCUCUGACGGUGUCUCAAGGGGAGUUGGGAUAUGCAAAGAUACACAUUUCCAAUUCACACAUCCGUAUGAAUACACACUUGUGUGAAAUAGGACAAAUAUAAGCACCCACCAGAUUAUUAUUAUUAUAUAAUAUUAUUAUUACACACAUUGUGUCUAAGUGUAUUUUUCUCAGGCUGUGGAGCAGCUCAACAUCAAGACUAAGAGUUACAGAGACCUGCUGUCUGAUGAACCAUUCACCAGACAGGACCUCAUCACCCUGCAGGUGUUGUAUAUAGAGUACAGGAGAUGUUUACUGAUGUUCAAUGUGUCUUAUGUUCUGAAGCCCGCUAAGCAUCGUGGGAAAUGUAGUUUUCUUUCUGUACUAUUCAGAUUGUAAAUGUAGUCCUGAGUCCUUAGCGUUCUCUGGUGUUUGUUUCUUCGCGACAGGACCCUACCAACCUGGAUAAAUUCAAUGUCUCGGACUUCUUCCACGUCAAGAACAACCUCAAAGUACUGGACCCUGGUGGGUAACUGAUGGGGCUGAGUCCCAAAUGGUAAACUAUUCUGUAUGUAGUAAACCAUAGGCCUCUGGUCUAAAGUAGUGCACUAUAUAGGGAAUAGGGUACCAUUCUCUGGUCUAAAGUAGUGCACUAUAUAGGGAACAGGGUGCCAUUCUCUGGUCUAAAGUAGUGCUCUAUAUAGGGAAUAGGGUGCCCAUUCUCUGGUCUAAGUAGUGCACUAUAUAGGGAAUAGUGGUUGCCAUUCUCUGGUCUAAAGUAGUGCACUAUAUAGGGAAUAGGGUGGCCAUUCUCUGGUCUAAAGUAAGUGCACUAUUAGGGAAUAGGUUGCCAUUCUCUGGUCUAAAAGUAGUCCACUACAUAGGGCAUAGGGUGCCAGUCUCUGGUCUAAAGUAGUGCACUAUAUAGGGAUAGGGUGCCAUUCUCUGGUCUAAGUAGUGCACUAUAUAGGGAAUAGGGUUGCCAUUCUCUGGUCUAACGUAGUGCAUUCUCUUUCUAAGUAGUGCACUAUAUAGGGAAUAGGGUGCCAUUCUCUGGUCUAAAGUAGUGCACUAUAUAGGGAAUAGGGUGCCAUUCUCUGGUCUAAAGUAGUGCACUAUAUAGGGAAUAGGGUGCCAUUCUCUGGUCUAAAGUAGUGCACUAUAUAGGGAAUAGGGUGCCAUUCUCUGGUCUAAAGUAGUGCACUAUAUAGGGAAUAGGGUGCCAUUCUCUGGUCUAAAGUAGUGCACUAUAUAGGGAAUAGGGUGCCAUUCUCUGGUCUAAAGUAGUGCACUAUAUAGGGAAUAGGGUGCCAUUCUCUGGUCUAAAGUAGUGCACUAUAUAGGGAAUAGGGUGCCAUUCUCUGGUCUAAAGUAGUGCACUAUAUAGGGAAUAGGGUGCCAUUCUCUGGUCUAAAGUAGUGCACUAUAUAGGGAAUAGGGUGCCAUUUGGGACUUAGGGUGUUUGACGUAUGGACCUUUCUGGAUCUCCUGGUUUUAAAUGGAGAUGAGGAGAAAGUCAUUUUCCUAAACUACAAUCCUUUUUAUGUGUGUCUGUGUGUAGAUGAGGAGAAGGCUAAGCUGGACCCUGGCUACCACCUGAACAGUACUAACCUGGAGACCAGAGAGACCCUGGCUGAGCUCUAUAAGGGUUAUAAAGGAGAUGCUCUACUGGCCUCUACCAUGAAGGAACCACAGGCCAAAAAGACUGACAAAUUUAACGCGGUGAGGACACGCACACCUUUCUGACUCUGUCUGUCUGACUCUCUCUGACUCUCUCUCUGACUCUCUCUCUGACUCUCUCUCUGUCUCUCUCUGACUCUCUCUCUGACUCUCUCUCUGACUCUCUCUCUGACUCUCUCUCUGACUCUCUCUCUGACUCUCUCUCUGACUCUCUCUCUGACUCUCUCUCUGUCUCUGACUCUCUCUCUGACUCUCUCUCUGACUCUCUCUCUGUCUGUCUCUGACUCUCUCUCUGUCUGUCUGUCUCUCUCUGUCUCUCUGUCUCUCUCUCUCUCUCUCUAGUAUACUUUAUUGACAUGGCCAGUUAAAUGACUUCCAUUGUCAUAGCAGCAAUAAAGCAGCAAUAAUAAUAAUAGUAGUAGUGGAAAUGGAACUACAACAACAGUAUUAAUGGUGGUAAUAAUAAUAAUAAUAGUAGUAGGUCAGUCUCAACAUGACUGAAGACACAUGACAUGGUAUGAAAGCCAAAACUAAAUGGGAAAAUAUUAUUGACAUUACAUUACACUUUUCACUGGCUGUCCCUCGGGUUGUGGCAGGAGGACACAUAUUUGGCUGCACAUUUUGGCUUUUCACCCAAUAUAUAUAUAUAUACAGUGGGGAGACAAGUAUUUGAUACACUGCCGAUUUUGCAGGUUUUCCUACUUACAAAGCAUGUAGAGGUCUGUACUUUUUAUCAUAGGUACACUUCAACUGUGAGAGACGGAAUCUAAAACAUUGUAUGAUUUUUAAGUAAUUAAUUAGCAUUUUAUUGCAUGACAUAAGUAUUUGAUACAUUGAAAAGCAGAACUUAAUAUUUGGUACAGAAACCUUUGUUUGCAAUUACAGAGAUCAUACGUUUCCUGUAGGUCUUGACCAGGUUUGCACACACUUCAGCAGGGAUUUUGGCCCACUCCUCCAUACAGACCUUCUCCAGAUCCUUCAGGUUUCGGGGCUGUCGCUGGGCAAUACGGACUUUCAGCUCCCUCCAAAGAUUUUCUAUUGGGUUCAGGUCUGGAGACUGGCUAGGCCACUCCAGGACCUUGAGAUGCUUCUUACGGAGCCACUCCUUAGUUGCCCUGGCUGUGUGUUUCGGGUCGUUGUCAUGCUGGAAGACCCAGCCACGACCCAUCUUCAAUGCUCUUACUGAGGGAAGGAGGUUGUUGGCCAAGAUCUCGCGAUACAUGGCCCCAUCCAUCCUCCCCUCAAUACGGUGCAGUCGUCCUGUCCCCUUUGCAGAAAAGCAUCCCCAAAGAAUGAUGUUUCCACCUCCAUGCUUCACGGUUGGGAUGGUGUUCUUGGGGUUGUACUCAUCCUUCUUCUUCCUCCAAACACGGCGAGUGGAGUUUAGACCAAAAAGCUCUAUUUUUGUCUCAUCAGACCACAUGACCUUCUCCCAUUCCUCCUCUGGAUCAUCCAGAUGGUCAUUGGCAAACUUCAGACGGGCCUGGACAUGCGCUGGCUUGAGCAGGGGGACCUUGCGUGUGCUGCAGGAUUUUAAUCCAUGACGGCGUAGUGUGUUACUAAUGGUUUUCUUUGGAGACUGUGGUCCCAGCUCUCUUCAGGUCAUUGACCAGGUCCUGCUGUGUAGUUCUGGGCUGAUCCCUCACCUUCCUCAUGAUCAUUGAUGCCCCACAAGGUGAGAUCUUGCAUGGAGCCCCAGACCGAGUCGAUUGACCGUCAUCUUGAACUUCUUCAAUUUUCUAAUAAUUGCGCCAACAGUUGUUGCAUUCUCACCAAGCUGCUUGUCUAUUGUCCUGUAGCCCAUCCCAGCCUUGUGCAGGUCUACAAUUUUAUCCCUGAUGUCCUUACACAGCUCUCUGGUCUUGGCCAUUGUGGAGAGGUUGGAGUCUGUUUGAUUGAGUGUGUGGACAGGUGUCUUUUUAUACAGGUAACGAGUUCAAACAGGUGCAGUUAAUACAGGUAAUGAGUGGAGAACAGGAGGGCUUCUUAAAGAAAAACUAACAGGUCUGUGAGAGCUGGAAUUCUUACUGGUUGGUAGGUGAUCAAAUACUUAUAUCAUGCAAUAAAAUGCAAAUUAAUUACUUAAAAAUCAUACAAUGUGAUUUUCUGAAUUUUUGUUUUAGAUUCCGUCUCUCACAGUUGAAGUGUACCUAUGAUAAAAAUUACAGACCUCUACAUGCUUUGUAAGUAGGAAAACCUGCAAAAUCGGCAGUCUAUCAAAUACUUGUUCUCCCCACUGUAUAUUUUUUUCUUAAUCUUUUAUGGUUUCAAAUUGUUUGUACUGGAUGAUAAUUUGGGCAAAUAAAUAUUCUGAGUAUUUGUCACAGUAUAAUAGGAAAUGCAGCUCUGUCUCUACCUUUCUGAGGACCGAGUGAGUACAGCCUGUCCUCUCUGGGUAGUCAGAUCUGUCUGUGAUGACCGGUCUCUAUAGCCAGACUGUGUUCACUGAGUCUGUACCUAGUCAGUGUUUUCCUCAGUUUUCUAUCAGUCACAGUGGUCAGAUAGUCUGCCACAAUGUACUGUCUGUUUAGAGACAUAGCAUUGAAGUUUACUUUGAUUUUGUGGUGUCUUUCCAAUAGGUGAUAUAUAUUUCUUUUUGCUUUUGUGAUGAUUUUGGUUGGUGGUCCUGAGGCUUUGUUGGGUUGGUUUGGGUUAGUGAACUGAGCCUCAGAACCAGCUGGCUGAGGGGACUCUUCUCUAUGGUCACCUCUUGGCAUUUGAGGGCAUUGUAAUGGUCACUCUCUCUCUCUCUGCUGACCAUCUCUCGCGCUCUCUCUCAAUUCAAUUUCAAUGUAAGGUCUUUAUUGUCAUGGGAAACGUAUGUUAACAUUGCCAAAGCAAGUGAAGUAGAUAGUGAAAUAAAUAUUAACAGUAAACAUUACACUCAGAAGUUCCAAAAGAAUAAAGACAUUUCAAAUGUCAUAUUAUGUAUAUAUACAGUGGUGUAAUGAUGUGCAAAUUGUUAAAGUACAAAUUGGAAAAUAAAUAAACAUAAAUAUGGGUUGUAUUUACAAUGGUGUUUGUUCUUCACUGGUUGUCCUUUUCUUGUGGCAACAGAUCACAAAUCUUGCUGCUGUGAUGGCACACCGAGUUUAAAUUGGGUUUGUUUUCUAAUUCUUUGUGGAUCUGUGUAAUCGGAGGGAAAUAUGUGUCUCUAAUGUGGUCAUACAUUUGGCAGGAGUUUAGGAAGUGCAGCUCAGUUUCCAUCUCAUUUUGUGGGCAGUGGGCACAUAGCCCGUCUUCUCUUGAGAGCCAGGUCUGCCUACGGCGGCCUUUCUCAAUAGUAAGGCUAUGCUCACUGAGUCUGUAUAUAGUCAAAGCUUUCCUUAAGUUUGGGUCAGUCACAGUGGUCAGGUAUUCUGCCACUGUGUACUCUCUGUUUAGGGCCAAAUAGCAUUCUAGUUUGCUCAGUUUUUUUGUUAAUUCUUUCCAAUGUGUCAAGUAAUUCUCUUUUUGUUUUCUCAUGAUUUGGUUGGGUCUAAUUGUGUUGCUGUUCUGGGGCUCUGUGUGGUCUGUUUGUGUUUGUGAACAGAGCCCCAGGACAAGCUUACUUAGGGGACUCUUCUCCAAGUUCAUCUCUCUGUAGGUGAUGGCUUUGUUAUGGAAGGUUUGGGAAUCGCUUCGUUUUAAGUGGUUAUAGAAUUUAACAGCUCUUUUCUGGAUUUUGAUGAUUAGUGGGUAUCGGCCUAAUUCUGCUCUGCAUGCAUUAUUUGGUGUUUUUCGUUGUACACAGAGGAUAUUUUUGCAGAAUUCUGCAUGCAGAGUCUCAAUUUGGUGUUUGUCCCAUUUUGUGAAUUCUUGGUUGGUGAGCGGACCCCAGACCUCAGAACCAUAAAGGGCAAUGGGUUCUAUAACUGAUUCAAGUAUUUUUAGCCAGAUCCUAAUUGGUAUGUCAAAUGUUAUGUUCCAUUUGAUGGCAUAGAAGGCCCUUCUUGCCUUGUCUCUCAGAUCGUUCACAGCUUUGUGGAAGUUACCUGUGGCGCUGAUAUUUAGGCCGAGGUAUGUAUAGUUUUUUGUGUAAUCUAGGGCAACGGUGUCUAGAUGGAAUUUGUAUUUGUGGUCCUGGCAACUGGACCUUUUUUGGAACACCAUUAUUUUUGUCUUACUGAGAUUUACUGUCAGGGCCCAGGUCUGACAGAAUCUGUGCAGAAGAUCUAGGUGCUGCUGUAGGCCCUCCUUGGUUGGUGACAGAAGCACCAGAUCAUCAGCGAACAGUAGAAUACGUGGUCUGUCGUACGGUAAUUUGGUAUAAAGCCAAUUUGACAUUUGCUCAGUGCAUUGUUUUACUGAUGAAAUGAACUAGUCUGCUGUUAAUGAUAAUGAAGAGGAUUUUCCCAAGGUUGCUGUUGACGCAUAUCCCACAGUAGUUAUUGGGGUCAAAUUUGUCUCCACUUCUGUGGAUUGGGGUUAUUAGUCCUUGGUUCCAAAUAUUGGGGAAGAUGCCAGAGCUAAGGAUGAUGUUAAAGAGUUUAAGUAUAGCCAAUUGGAAUUUGUGGUCUGUAAAUUUGAUCAUUUUGUUGAGGAUACCAUCAACACCACAGGACUUUUUGGGUUGGAGGGUUUGUAUUUUAUCCUGUAGUUCAUUCAAUGUAAUUGGAGAAUCCAGUGGGUUCUGGUAGUCUUUAAUAGUUGAUCCUAAGAUUUGUAAUUGAUCAUGUAUAUGUUUUUGCUGUUUGUUCUUUGUUAUAGAGCCAGAAAGAUUGAAGAAGUGGUUUACCCAUACAUCUCUGUUUUGGAUAGAUAACUCUUCAUGUUAUUGUUUGUUUGGUGUUUUCCAAUUUUCCCAGAAGUGAUUUGAUUCUAUGGAUUCUUCAAUUACAUUGAGCUGAUUUCUGACGUGCUGUUCCUUCUUUUUCCGUAGUGUAUUUCUGUAUUGUUUUAGUGAUUCACCAUAGUGAAGGCGUAGGCUCAGGUUUUCUAGGGGUCUAUGUUUUUGGUUGGAUAGGUUUCUCAAUUUCUGUCUUAGGUUUUUGCAUUCUUCAUCAAACCAUUUGUCAUUGUUACUUUUCUUUGGUUUUCUGUUAAGAGGUUUUUAGAUAUCAUAGGGAAGCUGAGAGGUCAAAUAUACUGUUUACUGAUCAUCUCUCUCUCUGCUGACCAUCUCUCUCUCUCCUCUCUCUCUGCUGACCAUCUCUCUCUCUCUCUCUGCUGACUCUCUCUCUCUCUCUGCUGACCAUCUCUCUCUCUCUCUCUCUCUCUCUCCUGCUGACCAUCUCUCGCUCUCUCUCUGCUGACCAUCUCUCGCCUCUCUCUCUGCUGACCAUCUCUCUCUCCUCUGCUGACCAUCUCUCGCUCUCUCUCUCGCUCUUUGAUAGGACUAGUUGGUGGCUGGGCUGCAAGAUGUUGGUGUGAAGGGAGUCACCAUGAUUCAAAUUAGACCCCCUUCUUUUACGUAACGUUAAUCUGUCUGGGAGUUGUUGACGUUCCAAGAGGUCACUGCCCAGCCUAGGCGACGUUCCCACCGUCCUGCCGUUUCCUACUUCCGGGAAACAGGAGUGUGGGUUAGGUGGAGCCGUCGAGGCCCUGUCUAGCUAUAGGGCUGGGGCCUAGCUGUUAAGUGUCUUAAGGCUAGCUUUCUAAGACAGGACCAAUGACUCGCCUCUCUCUCUCUCCCUCCCUCCCCUAGGCUCACUACUCUACAGGCAGAGUAUCUAGGGGUUAAGUGUGUAGAGUGGAAGUGUCUAGGGUACUAACCGUUCUCUCCCUCCCUCCCUCCCCUAGGCCCACUACUCUACAGGCAGAGUAUCUAGGGGUUAAGUGUUGUAGAGUGGAAGUGUCUAGGGUACUAAAACCGUUCUCUCCUCUCUUCUCCUCCUCCCUCCCCUAGGCUCACUACUCUACAGGCAGAGUAUCUAGGGGUUAAGUGUGUAGAGUGGAAGUGUCUAGGGUACUAACCGUUCUCUCCCUCCCUCCCUCCCCUAGGCCCACUACUCUACAGGCAGAGUAUCUAGGGGUUAAGUGUGUAGAGUGGAAGUGUCUAGGGUACUAACCGUUCUCUCUCCUCCCUCCUCCCCUAGGCCCACUACUCUACAGGCAGAGUAUCUGCUUCUUCACUCACAGGGCAAUGACCACUGGCUAUGACACCUGGCAGUGUUAGUGGUCUAUAACACCUGUCAGGUUAGUCGGUCCCUCUAACCACGCAGGUAGUGGCUCUAACACACUGCAGUUAGUGGUCUAUAACACAGCGGUUAUGGUUUAAACGUGAGGUUAGUGGUCUGUAACCACGCGUAGUUCUCUCUACCCGCGUGGUCUCCUCCCCGUAGUGCUCACUACUCUACAGCAGUUAGUGUCUACAAGGGUUAAGUGUGUCUAAGGGACAGUGCAUAGGGUACUAACGCGGGUUGUCUCUAACCCUGCAGUAGGGCUCCUCCCCUAGGUUGCCACACUACUCUACAGUGUCUAGAAACUAGGGUUAGUGUUUUAAUGCAGUUAUAGGUACUAAACACUGCGUUGUCUCUCCACUGCGCUCCAGGGUCCCCUAGGCCACUGACUCUAACAAUGCAGUAGUUCUUUAAAGGGUUAGUGUAUAAACUGAGUGUCUAGGGCUAACACACCGUUGGUCUCUCACUCCCUCCCUCACGUAGUGUCUCACUACUGCAGUCAGAGUAUCUAGGGGUUAGUGGUUUACAGUGCGGUAGUGGUUCUAUACAACCGGUGUGUCUCUCCCUCGGUUGGUCUCUACACCCAGUAGUGCUCUACACCUGCAGGCAGAGUCUUAACCUGCUUCCUUCACUCUCCACAGCAAUGGCAACCACCUGCUAGGCUAACACACUGCAGGUUAGUGGUCUCUAUAACACACUGCAGGUUAGUGGUCUAUAACACACUGCAGGUUAGUGGUCUAUAACACACUGCAGGUUAGUGGUCUAUAACACACUGCAGGUAGUGGUCUACACAGCGGUUAUGGUCUUAACACUGCAGGUUAGUGGUCUCUAUAACACACUGCAGGUUAGUGGUCUCUAACACAUGCAGGUUAGUGGUCUCUACUAACACACUGCAGGUUAGUGGUCUCUAACACACUGCAGGUUGGUCUUAACACUGCGGUUAGUGUCAUACAACUGCAGGUUGUGGUCUCUAACACACUGCAGGUUAGUGGUCUAUAACACACUGCAGGUUAGUGGUCUCUAUAACACACUGCAGGUUAGUGGUCUAUAACACACUGCAGGUUAGUGGUCUCUAUAACACACUGCAGGUUAGUGGUCUAUAACACACUGCAGGUUAGUGGUCUCUAACACACUGCAGGUUAGUGGUCUAUAACACACUGCAGGUUAGUGGUCUCUAUAACACACUGCAGGUUAGUGGUCUCUAACACACUGCAGGUUAGUGGUCCUAUAAACACACUGCAGGUUAGUGGUCUAUAACACACUGCAGGUUAGUGGUCUCUAUAAACACCACUGCAGGUUAGUGGUCUCUAUAACACACUGCAGGUUAGUGUCUAUAACACACUGCAGGUUAGUGGUCUCUAUAACACACUGCAGGUUAGUGGUCUCUAUAACACACUGCAGGUUAGUGGUCUAUAACACACUGCAGGUUAGUGGUCUCUAUAACACACUGCAGGUUAGUGGUCUAUAACACACUGCAGGUUAGUGGUCUCUAUAAACACACUGCAGGUUAGUGGUCUAUAACACACUGCAGUUGUGUCUAGAUAACACACCUGCAUGUAGGGUCUCUAAACACACUGCAGGUUAGUGGUCUAUAACACACUGCAGGUUAGUGGUCGUAUAACACACUGCAGGUUAGUGGUCUAUAACACACUGCAGGUUAGUGGUCUAUAAACACACUGCAGGUUAGUGGUCUCUAUAACACCCUGCAGGUUAGUGGUCUCUAACACACAUGCAGGUUAGUGGUCUAUAACACACUGCAGGUUAGUGGUCUAUAACACACUGCAGGGUUAGUGGUUCUAUAACACACUGCAGGUUAGUGGUCUAUAACACACUGCAGGUUAGUGGUCUAUAACACACUGCAGGUUAGUGGUCUCUUAACACACUGCAGGUUAGUGGUCUAUACACCAGGCUACUGCAGGUUAGUGGUCUUACACCUGGUAGGGUCUUAACACACUGCAGGUUAGUGGUCUCUAUAACACACUGCAGGUUAGUGGUCUAUAACACAGAGCAGGUUAGUGGUCUCUAUAACACACUGCAGGUUAGUGGUCUCUAUAACACACUGCAGGUUAGUGGUCUAUAACACACUGCAGGUUAGUGGUCUCUAUAACACACUGCAGGUUAGUGGUCUCUAACACACUGCAGGUUAGUGGUCUAUAACACACUGCAGGUUAGUGGUCUCUAUAACACACUGCAGGUUAGUGGUCUCUAUAACACACUGCAGGUUAGUGGUCUAUAACACACUGCAGGUUAGUGGUCUCUAUAACACACUGCAGGUUAGUGGUCUCUAUAACACACUGCAGGUUAGUGGUCUCUAACACAGAGCAGGUUAGUGGUCUCUAACACACUGCAGGUUAGUGGUCUCUAUAACACACUGCAGGUUAGUGGUCUAUAACACACUGCAGGUUAGUGGUCUAUAACACACUGCAGGUUAGUGGUCUCUAACACACUGCAGGUUAGUGGUCUAUAACACACUGCAGGUUAGUGGUCUCUAUAACACACUGCAGGUUAGUGGUCUAUAACACACUGCAGGUUAGUGGUCUAUCAAACACACUGCAGGUUAGUGGUCUCUAUAACACACUGCAGGUUAGUGGUCUCUAAACACUGCAGUAGUUAGGUCUCUAACACACUGCAGGUUAGUGGUCUCAUAACACACUGCAGGUUAGUGGUCUAUAACACACUGCAGGUUAGUGGUCUCUAACACAGAGCAGGUUAGUGGUCUAUAACACACUGCAGGUUAGUGGUCUAUAACACACUGCAGGUUAGUGGUCUAUAACACACUGCAGGUUAGUGGUCUAUAACACACUGCAGGUUAGUGGUCUAUAACACACUGCAGGUUAGUGGUCUAUAACACACUGCAGGUUAGUGGUCUCUAACACACUGCAGGUUAGUGGUCUCUAACACACUGCAGGUUAGUGGUCUAUAACACACUGCAGGUUAGUGGUCUCUAACACACUGCAGGUUAGUGGUCUCUAACACACUGCAGGUUAGUGGUCUAUAACACACUGCAGGUUAGUGGUCUCUAACACACUGCAGGUUAGUGGCUCUAUAACACACUGCAGGUUAGUGGUCCUAUAACACACUGCAGGUUAGUGGUCUCUAAACACACUGCAGGUUAGUGGUCUAUAACACACUGCAGGUUAGUGGUCUCUAACACACUGCAGGUUAGUGGUCUAUAACACACUGCAGGUUAGUGGUCUCUAUAACACACUGCAGGUUAGUGGUCUAUAACACACUGCAGGUUAGUGUGGUCUAUAACACACUGCAGGUUAGUGGUCUCUAUAACACACUGCAGGUUAGUGGUCUAUAACACACUGCAGGUUAGUGGUCUAUAACACACUGCAGGUUAGUGGUCUCUAUAACACACUGCAGGUUAGUGGUCUCUAUAACACACUGCAGGUUAGUGGUCUAUAACACACUGCAGGUUAGUGGUCUAUAACACACUGCAGGUUAGUGGUCUAUAACACACUGCAGGUUAGUGGUCUAUAACACACUGCAGGUUAGUGGUCUCUAUAACACACUGCAGGUUAGUGGUCCUAUAAACACACUGCAGGUUAGUGGUCUAUAACACACUGCAGGUUAGUGGUCUCUAUAAACACUGCAGGUUAGUGGUCUCUAUAACACACUGCAGGUUAGUGGUCUCUAACACACGCAGGUUAGUGGUCUCAUAACACACUGCAGGUUAGUGGUCUAUAACACACGACAGGUUAGGUCUCUAACACACGCAGGUUAGUGUCUUAUAAACACACUGCAGGUUAGUGGUUCUAUAACACCGUGCAGUUAGUGUGGUCUAUAACAACUGCAGGUUAGUGGUCUAUAACACACGUGCAGGUUAGUGGUCUCUUACACAACGGCAGGUUAGUGGGUCUUAACACACUGCGGUUAGUGGUCUUAACACACUGCAGGUUGUGGUCUCUUAACACAGCAGGUGUAGUGGUCUCUAUAACACACUGCAGUUAUGCCUUCUAACACAUGGCAGUUAGUGGUCUUACACACUGCAGGUUAGUGGUCUUAUACACACGGCAGGUUAGUGUCUCUAACACACUGCAGGUUUAGUGGUCUCUAACACACGUGCAGGUUAGUGGUCUCUUAACCACAUGCAGGUUAGUGGUCUAUAACACACUGCAGGUUAGUGUCUCAUACACACUGCAGGUUAGUGGCUCUAUAACACACUGCAGGUUAGUGGUCUAUAACACCCUGCAGUUAGUGGUCUUAACACACGUGCAGUUAGUGGUCUAUAACACACGCAGUAGUGGUCUUAACACACUGCAGGUUAGUGUCUUAACCACUGCAGUAGUGUCUAUAACACACUGCAGUGUGUCUUACACAGCAGGUUAGUGUCUAUAAACCUGCAGUUAGUGUCUAACAACGCGUUGUGGUCUUACACAUGCGGUUAGUGGUCUAACACAUGCAGGUUAUGUCUUAACACAGCAGGUUAUGUCUUAACACAGCGUUAGUGGUCUUACCACGCAGGUUGUGGUCUAUACACCAGGUUGUGGUCUUUAACACUGCGGUUAUGUCUUAACACACUGCAGUUGUGGUCUAUCCGCAGGUUAGUGGUUUAAACGAGUUUGUCUACACAGCAGUAGUGUCUCUAAACACCUCAGUUUGGCUCACACUGCGGUUAGGUCUUAAAACUGCAGGUAUGGUCUCUAACACAGAGAACAUCCUGACAACCUAGUGUAGGAGGAUCAUUACCUUGACACACAGCGGACGGCUCUCAUCAGCAACUCUCAUUUGAGAAACCACAUGAGACUGAUGUUUUCACCGGUUGUUGCAGAUGCGAUCGCAGACGACACGGUGCGCUACACCUACGUGAAGAAGAAAGGCUAUGUCCGUCUCCACACCAACAAGGGAGACAUCAACCUGGAACUGUACUGUGACAAGGUGUGUGUGUGUGGUGUGUGUGUGUGUGUGUGUGUGUGGUGUGUGUGUGUGUGUGUGUGUGUGUGCACGGCCCUUUGUAGUUCAGUUGGUAGUGCAUGGCUCUUGCAAUGGCAGGAUAGUGGGCUUGACUUUCCCCUGCCCCCGCUUUGCCCUCAAAGCCUCAAUUCUUCAGGUCAUGGACUCUACAAGGUGUCGAAAGCGUUCCACAGGGAUUCUGGCCCAAGUUGACUCCAAUGCUUCCCACUGCUGUGUCAAGUUGGCUGGAUGUCCUUUGGGUGGUGGACCGGUCUUGAUACACACGGGAAACUGUUGAGAGGGAAACACCCAGCAGUGUUGCAGUUCUUGACACAAACCGGUGCGCCUGGCACCUACUACCAUACCUCGUUCAAAGGCACUGAAAUCUAUUGUCUUGCCCAUUCACCCUCUGAAUGGCACACAUACACAAUCCGUCUCAAAGCUUAAAAAUCGUUAUUUAACCUGUUUCCUCCCCUUCAUCUACACUGAUUGAAGUGGAUUUAACAGGUGACAUCAAUAAGGGAUCAUAGCUUUCACCUGGAUUCACCUGGUCAGUCUGUCAUGGAAAGAGCUGUUCCUAAUGAUUUGUCCACUCGGUGUAGUCUAAAACUUGUAGCGUUACUAUCGUCCUUGAAUCCUAACGGACCUCUCUCUUUCUCUCUGCCCCCCUCUAUCUGCCCCCCUCUAUCUGCCCCCCUCUAUCUGCCCCCCUCUAUCUCUCUGCCCCCCCUCUAUCUGCCCCCCCUCUAUCUGCCCCCCCCCUCUAUCUGCCCCCCCCCUCUAUCUGCCCCCCCCUCUAUCUGCCCCCCCCCUCUAUCUGCCCCCCCCCCUCUAUCUGCCCCCCCUCUAUCUGCCCCCCCUCUAUCUGCCCCCCCCCUCUAUCUGUCCCCUCUAUCUGCACAUUGUAAUACUAUUGGGUUAAUACCAGUAUUUACACUGAACAAAAAUAUGAAAGCAACAAUUUAUUUUUUAUUUUUAUUAAGUUAGUUCAUAUAAGGAAAUAUUAGGCCCUAAUCUAUGGAUUUCAAGUCAUACAAUAUCUGUGGUAUCUUUAAAAAAAGGUAGGGGCGUGGAUCAGAAAACCAGUCAGUAUCUGGUGUGACCAUACAGCGUGACACAUCUCCUUCGCAUAGAGUUGAUCAGGCUGUUGAUUGUGGCCUGUGGAAUGUUGUACCACUCCUCUUCAAAUGGCUGUGCGAAGUUGCUGGAUAUUGGCGAGAACUGGAACACACUGUCGUACACGUCGAUCCAGAGCAUCCCAAACAUGCUCAAUGGGUGACAUGUCUGGUGAGUAUGCAGGCCAUGGAAGAACUGGGACAUUUUCAGCUUCCAGGAAUUGUGUACAGGUCCGUGCAUUAUCAUGCUGAAACAUGAGGUGAUGGUGGCGGAUGAAUGGCACGACAAUGGGCCUCAGGACCUCGUCACGGUAUCUCUGUGCAUUCAAAUUGCCAUAGAUAAAAUGCAAUUGUGUUCGUUGUCCAUAGUUUAUGCCUGCCCAUACCAUAACCUACAACCACCCUGGAGCACUCUGUUCACAACGUUGACAUCUGCUAACCGCUCGCUCACACGACUGAGGCUUGGUGCUCAUGGAAUCAGUAGGCUAUUAAACAAACAGGCAUCAGAAGCAGGAUCUGUCUUAUUUAUGUAGAUACAGUUAAUUCUGAAAGUUUUCAGACCCCUGACUAUUUCCACCUUUUGUUACGUUACAGCCUUAUUCUAAAAUGGAUUAAAUCGUUUUUUCCCCUCUUCAAUCUACACAUAAUACCCCAUAAUGCAAAGCAAAAACGGUGUUUGUGAAAUUUUGCGAAUGUAUUAAAUAUAUAAAACUAUUUACAUAAGUAUUCAGACCCUUUACUCAGUACUUUGUUGAAGCACCUUUGGCAGCGAUUACAGCCUCGAGUCUUCUUGGGUAUGACGCUACAAGCUUGGCACACCUGUAUUUGGGGAGUUUCUCCCAUUCUUCUCUGCAGAUCCUCUCAAGCUCUGUCAGGUUGGAUGGGGAGCAUCGCUGCACUGCUAUUUUCAGGUCUCUCCAGAGAUGUUCGAUCGGGUUCUGGCUGGGCCUCUCAAGGAUAUUCAGAGACUUGUCCCGAAGCCACUCCUGCAUUGUCUUGGCUGUGUGCUUAGGGUCGUUGUCCUGUUGGAAGGUGAUCCUUCACCCCAGUCUGAGGUCCUGAGUGCUUUGGAGCAGGUUUUCAUCAAGGAUCUCUCUGUACUUUGCUCCGUUCAUCUUUCCCUCGAUCCUGACUAGUCUAUCAGUCCCUGCCGCAGAAAAACAUCCCCACAGCAUGAUGCUGCCACCACCAUGCUUCACCGUAGGGAUGGUGCCAGGUUUCCUCCAGAUAUUCAAUCUUGGUUUUAUCAGACCAGAGAAUCUUGUUUCCCGUGGUCACAGUCCUUUAGUUGCCUUUUGGUAAAGUCCAAGCGGGCUGUCAUGUGCCUUUUACUGAGGAGUGGCUUCCGUCUGGCCACUCUACCAUAAAGGCCUGAUUGGUGGAGUGCUGCAGAGAUGGUUGUCCUUCUGGAAGGUUCUUACAUCUUCACAGAGGAAUUCUAGAGCUCUGUCAGAUUGACCAUUGGGUUCUUGGUCACCUCCCUAACCAAGGCCCUUCUCCCCCGAUUGUUCAGUUUGGCCGAGCUCAGUGAGAGCCAGUUUCAUCAUAGCGCUUGAUGGUUUUUGCGACUUCACUUGAAGAAACUUUCAAAGUUCUUGAAAUAUUCCGUAUUGACUGACCUUCAUGCCUUAAAGUAAUGAUGAACUGUCAUUUCCCUUUGCUUAUUUGAGCUGUUCUUGCCAUAAUAUGGACUAGGUCUUUUACCAAAUGUAUACCACCCCUACCUUGUCACAACACAACUGAUUGGCUCAAACACAUUAAGGAGGAAAGAAAUUCCACAAAUUAACUUUUAAGAAGGCACACCUGUUAAUUGAAAUGCAUUCCAGGUGACUACCCCAUGAAGCUGGUUGAGAGAAUGCCAAGAGUGUGCGAAGCUGUCAAGGCAAAGGGUGGCUAUUUGAAAAAUCGCAAAUAUAUUUUGAUUUGUUUAACACUUUUUUUUGGUUACUACAUGAUUCCAUAUGUGUUAUUUUUCAUAGUUUUGAUGUCUUCACUAUUAUUCUACAAUGUAGAAAAUAGUAAAAAUCAAGAAAAACCCUGGAAUGAGUAGGUGUGUCCAAACUUUUGACUGGUACUGUAUGUGAAUAAGGUAUACAUUUUCUAAAAACUUGUUUAUGGGGUAUUGUGUGUAGAUUGAUGAGGAAAAACCAUUUAUUUUAUCAAUUUUAGAAUACGUUUUUAAUGUAACAAUGUGGAAAAACUGAAGGGGUUUGAAUACUUUCCGAAUGCACUGUGUAUAUGGAUGAUUUGUAAAGCCAGGCCCGUUUAACAGUCAGGCUAUUGAUUACAGACCUAAUUCAGUUGGGGUUUCCUCUCUCCUCUCUGUUUUCUCUUAACUCCGCUGCUACCUCCGCCACAUUGUUCUCAACACCAAUAUGCUGGUUAACAUUUUUGACAUGCGUUUUUCUGGAUUUUGUUGUUAUUCUCUCUCACUGUUCAAAUAAACCUACCAUUAAAAUUAUAGACUGAUCAUGUCUUUGUCAGUGGGCAAACGUACAAAAUCAGCAAGGGAUCAAAUACUUUUUUCCCUCACUGUAGUGUGGAGUGACACAGGACAGGUCUUUAACUUUGUCUUGUACAGGAAGGUGUUUUUAUAAACUCACUAUUGUUCUUCCUAAUAACUCAGUAUUUCCACGGUCGUCUCCUCCCUGUCCCAGGUUCCUAAAGCAGGAGAGAACUUCACCAAGCUGUGUAAGAAGGGUUACUAUGACGGAACUGUCUUCCACAGAUCUAUCAGGAACUUCAUGGUGAGACUAAACGCAUUACGUCUUCAUUCUCUGACUCGCCUAUCUGGAAUUAACUAGACUCCCCUCCUGUUACCACGACAACCACACAGUCCAUUGUUAUUGAUAGUGUUCUAUUAAUGUAUGUAAAUACAUCUCUUUCCCAAUGUCUUUCAGAUCCAAGGAGGAGACCCAACUGGGACUGGUUUAGGUAAGUUUAGACCCUACAAUUUCAGAGUAGUGGAGAGUAAAACACUGACUACUGUAAUGUAGUGGAGAGUAAAACCCUGACUACUGUGAUGUAGUGGAGAGUAAAACCCUGACUACUGUGAUGUAGUGGAGAGUAAAACACUGACUACUGUGAUGUAGUGGAGAGUAAAACACUGACUACUGUGAUGUAGUGGAGAGUAAAACACUGACUACUGUGGUGUAGUGGAGAGUAAAACCCAUUGACUACUGUGAUGUAGUGGAGAGUAAAACACUGACUACUGUGAUGUAGUGGAGAGUAAAACACACUGACUACUGUGAUGUAGUGGAGAGUAAAACACUGACUACUGUGAUGUAGUGGAGAGUAAAACACUGACUACUGUGAUGUAGUGGAGAGUAAAACACUGACUACUGUGAUGUAGUGGAGAGUAAAACACUGACUACUGUGAUGUAGUGGAGAGUAAAACACUGACUACUGUGAUGUAGUGGAGAGUAAAACACUGACUACUGUGAUGUAGUGGAGAGUAAAACACUGACUACAGUGAUGUAGUGGAGAGUAAAACCCAUUGACUACUGUGAUGUAGUGGAGAGUAAAACACUGACUACUGUGAUGUAGUGGAGAGUAAAACACACUGACUACUGUGAUGUAGUGGAGAGUAAACCCAUUGACUACUGUGGAUGUAGUGGAGAGUAAAACACUGACUACUGUGAUGUAGUGGAGAGUAAAACACUGACUACUGUGAUGUAGUGGAGAGUAAAACACAUUGACUACUGUGAUGUAGUGGAGAGUAAAACCCAUUGACUACUGUGAUGUAGUGGAGAGUAAAACACUGACUACUGUGAUGUAGUGGAGAGUAAAACCCAUUGACUACUGUGAUGUAGUGGAGAGUAAAACACUGACUACUGUGAUGUAGUGGAGAGUAAAACCCCUUGACUACUGUGAUGUAGUGGAGAGUAAAACACUUGACUACUGUGAUGUAGUGGAGAGUAAAACCCAUUAACUACUGUGAUGUAGUGGGAGAGUAAAAACACUGACUACUGUGAUGUAGUGGAGAGUAAAACCCCUUGACUACUGUGAUGUAGUGGAGAGUAAAACACAUUGACUACUGUGAUGUAGUGGAGAGUAAAACCCAUUGACUACUGUGAUGUAGUGGAGAGUAAAACACACUGACUACUGUUGAUGUAGUGGAGAGUAAAACCAUUGACUACUGUGAUGUAGUGGAGAGUAAAACACUGACUACUGUGAUGUAGUGGAGAGUAAAACACGACUACUGUGAUGUAGUGGAGAGUAAAACACUGACUACUGUGAUGUAGUGGAGAGUAAAACACUGACUACUGUGAUGUAGUGGAGAGUAAAACCCAUUGACUACUGUGAUGUAGUGGAGAGUAAAACCCAUUGACUACUGUGAUGUAGUGGAGAGUAAAACCCAUUGACUACUGUGAUGUAGUGGAGAGUAAAACCCAUUGACUACUGUGAUGUAGUGGAGAGUAAAACCCAUUGACUACUGUGAUGUAGUGGAGAGUAAAACCCAUUGACUACUGUGAUGUAGUGGAGAGUAAAACCCAUUGACUACUGUGAUGUAGUGGAGAGUAAAACACUGACUACUGUGAUGUAGUGGAGAGUAAAACACACUGACUACUGUGAUGUAGUGGAGAGUAAAACCCAUUGACUACUGUGAUGUAGUGGAGAAUAAAACACUGACUACUGUGAUGUAGUGGAGAGUAAAACACUGACUACUGUGAUGUAGUGGAGAGUAAAACACAUUGACUACUGUGAUGUAGUGGAGAGUAAAACCCAUUAACUACUGUGAUGUAGUGGAGAGUAAAACACUGACUACUGUGAUGUAGUGGAGAGUAAAACCCCUUGACUACUGUGAUGUAGUGGAGAGUAAAACACAUUGACUACUGUGAUGUAGUGGAGAGUAAAACCCCUUGACUACUGUGAUGUAGUGGAGAGUAAAACACAUUGACUACUGUGAUGUAGUGGAGAGUAAAACACUGACUACUGUGAUGUAGUGGAGAGUAAAACACUGACUACUGUGAUGUAGUGGAGAGUAAAACCCAUUGACUACUGUGAUGUAGUGGAGAGUAAAACCCAUUGACUACUGUGAUGUAUAAUGUUAUUUGUCAGGUCUAAAGAAACAUUAAUGAUAUGAAGAAAAUGUAUUUCAAAAGAACAGAAUAUGAGUUGGCCUACUGUAUGUUAUCUGGCUAUGCUCCAGGCUUGUUCAUUUAGCUGAUAAGAAAUGCUUAUAUAUCCCGCACAAUUAUUUUAUUUUAUGUGAUUUUAUAGUAAGAUUACUAUAAUCUAACUUAGCUAAAUAAAAUACAGUAUAAAGGAUAUUUUUCCCAUUCUGGAGCGUGUGCAUAUGAAGUGGCUAUGUUGAGUGUAAAGGUGAUCAUUUGAAACAGGUCCUAUACCAGAGAUUUAGAGGUAUUUGGCAACUCUAAAAUGGUACAAACCUUAGAAUGGCUUAGAAAUCCAAACAUACUGCAUAUGGGCUGCAUGAUGCGUCUAGAAAUCCAAACAUACUGUAAAUGGGCUGCAUGAUGCGUCUAGAAAUCCAAACAUACUGUAUAUGGGCUGCAUGAUGCGUCUAGAAAUCCAAACAUACUGUAAAGGGGCUGCAUGAUGCGUCUAGAAAUCCAAACAUACUGUAUCUGGGCUGCAUGAUGCGUCUAGAAAUCCAAACAUACUGUAUAUGGGCUGCAUGAUGCGUCUAGAAAUCCAAACAUACUGUAUCUGGGCUGCAUGAUGCGUCUAGAAAUCCAAACAUACUGUAAAUGGGCUGCAUGAUGCGUCUAGAAAUCCAAACAUACUGUAUCUGGGCUGCAUGAUGCGUCUAGAAAUCCAAACAGUACUGUAUAUGGGCUGCAUGAUGCGUCUAGAAAUCCAAACAUACUGUAUCUGGGCUGCAUGAUGCGUCUAGAAAUCCAAACAUAACUGUAUCUGGGCUGCAUGAUGCGUCUAGAAAUCCAAACAUACUGUAUCUGGGCUGCAUGAUGCGUCUAGAAAUCCAAACCAUACUGUAUAUGGGCUGCAUGAUGCGUCUAGAAAUCCAAACAUACUGUAUAUGGGCUGCAUGAUGCGUCUAGAAAUCCAAACAUACUGUAUCUGGGCUGGCAUGAUGCGUCUAGAAUCCAAACAUACUGUAUAUGGGCUGCAUGAUGCGUCUAGAAAUCCAAACAUACUGUAUAUGGGCUGCAUGAUGCAGUCUAGAAAUCCAAACAUACUGUAUGGGCUGCAUGAUGCGUCUAGAAAUCCAAACAUACGUAUAUGGCUGCAUGAUGCGCUAGAAUCAACUACUGUUCUGGGCUGAUGAUCCAAACAUACUGUAUAUGGGCUGCAUGAUGCGUCUAGAAAUCCAAACAUACUGUAUCUGGGCUGCAUGAUGCGUCUAGAAAUCCAAACAUACUGUAUAUGGGCUGCAUGAUGCGUCUAGAAAUCCAAACAUACUGUAUGUGGGCUGCAUGAUGCGUCUAGAAAUCCAAACAUACUGUAUCUGGGGCUGCAUGAUGCGUCUAGAAUCCAAACAUACUGUAUCUGGGCUGCAUGAUGCGUCUAGAAAUCCAAACAUACUGUAUAUGGGCUGCAUGAUGCGUCUAGAAAUCCAAACAUACUGUAUCUGGGCUGCAUGAUGCGUCUAGAAAUCCAAACAUACUGUAUAUGGGCUGCAUGAUGCGUCUAGAAAUCCAAACAUACUGUAUCUGGGCUGCAUGAUGCGUCUAGAAAUCCAAACAUACUGUAUCUGGGCUUGCAAUGAUGCGUCUAGAAAUCCAAACAUACUGUAUAUGGGCUGCAUGAUGCGUCUAGAAAUCCAAACAUACUGUAUCUGGGCUGCAUGAUGCGUCUAGAAAUCCAAACAUACUGUAUAUGGGCUGCAUGAUGCGUCUAGAAAUCCAAACAUACUGUAUAUGGGCUGCAUGAUGCGUCUAGAAAUCCAAACAUACUGUAUCUGGGCUGCAUGAUGCGUCUACAGCCUAUUGAGGAUUUGAGAAAGUCGCAAAAAAAGAAUCUGUUCAUUUCCUCAGGCUGCACACGCUGUUCUCUCAUCAAGUGGUCAUAUUUUCAACCAUCAGACUAUUCUCAAUUUAAUCUUUACUAAUAUGUCAAAUUAGUUUUAGAUUUAGAAUGUCCCAUUAUCACAUGGUCAGGAGAAUAAAGUCAGCACUCGACUAGCGAACGGAGCCCGCUCGCUUUCCUGCACGUCCGUUUUUCAAUAAUGCUUACACGCUACAUGCUUCAGCACUCGGCGGUCCCGUUCUGUGAGCUUGUGUGGCCUACCACUUCGCGGCUGAGCCGUUGUUGCUCCUAGACAUUUCAACUUCAUAAUAACAGCACUUAAAGUUGACCAGGCAGCUCUAGCAUGGCAGAAAUUUGAUGAACUGACUUGUUGGAAAGGUGGCAUCCUAUGACUGUGCCACAUUGAAAGUCACUGAGCUCUUCAGUAAGGCCAGUGUUUGUCUAUGGAGAUUGCAUGGCAGUUUGCUCGAUUUUAUACACCUGUCAGCAACGGGUGUGGUUAAAAUGGCCAAAUCCACUAAUUUGAAGGGGUGUCCACAUACUUCUGUGUAUAUAUAGUGUAUCAUUUCAUAACCAAACAUAUUAUAUUUUCAGCUGUUUGAAGCUGGUGUACAAAACUGAAAGUAAAAGACUCAAAAAUGUAACUUAAGAACAGGAAGCAUAGAAACAGAUCUGCCGCUUCUUAGACCUGCUUUCAAUGAGAAUCACAGAUCCAUAACUCACAUUUCUAUAUGUCUGCCCCUCUCUCUCUCUGUCUGGCCCUCCUCUUCUCUCUUUCUGCCCUCUCUCUCUCUGUCUGCCCCCUCUCUCUCUCCCCUGGUCUGCCCCUUCUCUCUCUCUCUGUCUGCCACCCUCUCUCUCUCUGUCUGCCUGCCCUCUCUCUCUCUGUCUGCACCCUCUCUCUCUCUGUCUGCCCUCUCUCCUCUCUCUCUCUGUCUGCCCCCUCUCUCCCUCUGUCUGGUCUGCCCUCCCUCUCUCCUUGCCCCUGUGUCCUGCCCCCCCCUCUCUCUGUCCUGUGCCCCCCUUUUCUCUCUGUCCUGCCCCCCUCUCUCGUCUGUAUGCCCCCCCCCUCUCUCUCUCUGUCUGCCCCCCUCUCUCUCUCUGUCUGCCCCUCUCUCUCUCUGUCUGCCCCCUCUCUCUCUGUAUGCCCCCUCUCUCUCUCUGUCUGGCCCCCCUCUCUCUCUCUCUGUCUGCCCCCCCUCUCUCUCUCUGUCUGCCCCCUCUCUCUCUCUCUGUCUGCCCCCCCCUCCUCUCUGCCCCCUCUGUUCUGCCCCCUCUCUCUCUGUCUGCCCCCCCUCUCUCUCUCUGUCCUGCGCCCCUCUCUCCCUCUGUCUGCCCUCUCCUCUCUCGCUGUCUGCCCCUGCUCCCUCCCUCUGUCUGGCCCCCCUCUCCCCGUCUUAUGUCCCCCGCGCUCUCCCUCUGUUCUGUGCCCCCCCUCUCUCCUCUGUCUGCCCCCCUCUGCUCUUCUCGUAAUGCCCCCCCUCCUCUCUCUGUCCUGCCCCCCCCUCUCCUCUCUCCUGGUCUGCCCCACCCUCUCUCUCUCCUGUCCUUCCCCCCUCUGUCGCCCCCCUCUCUCUCGCUCCUUGUCCUGCCCCCUCUCUCUCUCUGUCUGGUCUGCCCCCUCUCUCUCUCUGUCUGCCCCUCUCUCUCUCUCUGUAUGCCCCCCCUCUCUCUCUCUCUGUCUGCCCCCCCCUCUCCCUCUGUCUGCCUCUCUCUCGCUCUCUCCCUUUCUCCCUGUCUCUCUCUCUUCAGGAGGAGAGUCUUUCUGGGGUAAGCCCUUCAAAGAUGAGUUUCGUCCCAACCUAUCCCACACGGGGCGAGGGGUUCUCAGUAUGGCCAACUCAGGACCCAACACCAACAAGUCCCAGUUGUGAGUAGACACUGUCUCAUGUCCCAAUUAUCCCUCCUUCCUUCUGAAGUGUGCACUUGUUCACUUCCCUUCCCUGAUUUGAAAGGAAAUGACUGGUAUCAGAAAUAUGGUGGAAACUACCACCAGCCCAUGCUUCCACCAAUCUAAUGCUUUUAAAUGUGUUGGAACUAGUGAACGAGUGUACACUUCAGGAGGAAGUGAUACUAUUGUCUUAUGCUCCCUCUUAACUCCAUUACUCCCUCUCCCCCUUUAAUAUAACCUCCCCCCUCUGUCUCCCUAACCACCACUCUAACCUCCCCCUCUGUCUCCCUUCUCUCCCCCUAAACUCCUCCCUCUCUCCCCCUAACCUCCCCCCCUCUCUCCCCCUAACCUCCCCUCCUACCCCUCCUCCCUCUCUCUCCCUAACCUCCCCCUCUCUCCCCCCUUUAAAUAUAACCUCCCCCUCUGUCUCCCUUCACUCCUCCCUCUCUCCCCCUAACCUCCCCUCCUACCCUCCUCCUCUCUCUCCCUAACCUCCCCCCCUCUGUCCCCCCUAACCUCCCCCUCUCUCCCCCCUAACCUCCCCCUAACCUCCCCUCCUACCUCCCCCUAACUUCCCCUCCUACCUCCUCCUUCUCUCCCCCUAACCUCCCCCCUCUGUCCCCCUAACAUCUCCCCCUCUCUCUCUCUCUCUCUCUCUCUCUGUGAUUCUAACUAGGAGUUGUAAUGUCACUCAGCAGCUUGGUGGAGUUGAAUAGGGAAUCUGAAUAUUCCUCCAUUAAAGAUGACCCAUCCCUUUGACCCUCUGGAGCCGACGAGGCAUUGACCUGAUAUGAUUAGGGAUAGAUAGGACGUUCUGCUGAGAUGACAUGACCGUGUACAACUCCUGAAUAGAACUAUACUUUAAUGUGAGUCUGCUGUUUCCUCUCCCAGCUUCAUCACCUUCCGCUCGUGUCCCUACCUGGACAGGAAACACACUGUGUUUGGAAGGUAAGAUACACACAGACAUUUACUUUAGACGUUGUAUUGGUUGAAUAUGUGAUGAAAUGGCAUGUCUGUGAGUUGUGUACUUUAGCCAGUCAGCUGUGAGACUUGGUCCAGUGUUGGGGAAUUCAGGGGUUAGUUGGUACACUACAUGACCAAAAGUAUGUGGACACCUGCUCGUUGAACAUCUCAUUUCAAAAUCCUGGGCAUUAAUAUGGAGUUGGUCCCCCCCUUUGCUGCUAUAACAGCCUCCACUCUUCUGGGAAGGCUUUCCACUAGAUGUUGGAAACAUUGCUGCGGGGACUUGCUUCCAUUCAGCCACAAGAGCAUUAGUGAGGUUGGUCACUGAUGUUGGGCGAUUAGGCCUGGCUCGCAGUCGGCGUUCCAAUUCAUCCCAAAUGUGUUCGAUGGGGUUUAGGUCAGGGUUCUGUGCAGGCCAGUCAAGUUCUUCCACACUGAUCUCGACCAAGCAUUUCUGUAUGGACCUCGCUUUGUGCACGGGGGCAUUGUCAUGCUGAAACAGGAAAGGGCCUUCCCCAAACUGUUGCCACAAAGUUGGAAGGACAGAAUCGUCUAGAAUGUAAUAUUAUGCUAUAGCAUUAAGAUUUCCCUUCACUGGAACUAAGGGGCCUAGCCCGAACCAUGAAAAACAGCCCCAGACCAUUAUUCCUCCUCCACCAAACUUUACAGUUGGCAAUAUGCAUUGGGGCAGGUAGCUUUCUCCUGGCAUCCGCCAAACCCAGAUUUGUCGGUCGGACUGCCAGAUGGUGAAGCGUGUUUCAUCACUCCAGAGAACGCGUUUCCAGUGCUCCAGAGUCCAAUGGCGGUGAGCUUUACACCACUCCAGCCGACGCUUGGCAUUGUGCAAUGGUCCCUUCUCUCUGCCCUUCUCUCUCUCUCUCCCUCCCUCCAUCUCAUGCUCUGGUUAUCUGACUGACUGGUUAUCUCAUGCUCUGGUUUGGUUAACCAUUUAACAAACUAUUUAGCAGUCUUAUGGCUUGGGGGUAGAAGCUGUUCAGGGUCCUGUUGGUUCCAGACUUGGUGCAUCGGUACCGCUUGCCGUACGUGAUGUACUGGGCCGUACGCACUACCUUCUGUAGCGCCUUACAGUCGGAUGCCAAGCAGCUACCAACCACCUAACGUUAAUGCCUCGGAUAAUGAGGUUAGAAAAACAGCUGAAUGGUAGGUAGCUAGCUGGCUCAACUACAGGUACUCUUAAGCGUGAAAUAACAUUGGAAACAACUAACCACAGUUGCUAAAAGUUACCAGUAGCUACCCGCUAGCUACUGCCAUACCAGGCGGUGAUGCAACCAGUCAGGAUGCUCUUAGUGAUGCAGCUGGAUAACUUUUUGAGAAUCUGAGGACCCAUGCCAAAUAUCCUGGGGGGUAAGAGGCAUUGGGCUAGGGUUUAUUAUGGAUCCCCAUUAGUUCCUGCCAAGGCAGCAGCUACUCUUCAUGGGGUUUAUUAUGGAUCCCCGUUAGUUCCUGCCAAGGCAGCAGCUACUCUUCCUGGGGUUUAUUAUGGAUCCCCGUUAGUUCCUGCCAAGGCAGCAGCUACUCUUCCUGGGGUUUAUUAUGGAUCCCCGUUAGUUCCUGCCAAGGCAGCAGCUACUCUUCCUGGGGUUUAUUAUGGAUCCCCAUUAGUUCCUGCCAAGGCAGCAGCUACUCUUCCUGGGGUUUAUUAUGGAUCCCUGUUAGUUCCUGCCAAGGCAGCAGCUACUCUUCCUGGGGUUUAUUAUGGAUCCCCGUUAGUUCCUGCCAAGGCAGCAGCUACUCUUCCUGGAGUUUAUUAUGGAUCCCUGUUAGUUCCUGCCAAGGCAGCAGCUACUCUUCCUGGGGUUUAUUAUGGAUCCCCGUUAGUUCCUGCUAAGGCAGCAGCUACUCUUCCUGGGGUUUAUUAUGGAUCCCUGUUAGUUCCUGCCAAGGCAGCAGCUACUCUUCCUGGGGUUUAUUAUGGAUCCCCGUUAGUUCCUGCCAAGGCAGCAGCUACUCUUCCUGGGGUUUAUUAUGGAUCCCCAUUAGUUCCUGCCAAGGCAGCAGCUACUCUUCCUGGGGUUUAUUAUGGAUCCCCAUUAGUUCCUGCCAAGGCAGCAGAUACUCUUCCUGGGGUCCAUUUAACAUUUAAGGGAGUUGUAUACAACAACAAAAAUAUUACAAUGAACAAAAAUAUAAACGCAACAUGUAAAGUGGUGGUCCGAUAUUUCUCAAUUUUUGUUCAACUUUUCUUUUGCAUCCCUGUUAGUGAGCAUUUCUCAUUUGCCAAGAUAAUCCAUCCACCUGACAGGUGUGGCAUAUCAAGAAGCUGAUUAAACAGCAUGAUCAUUACACAGGUGCACCUUGUGCUGGGGACAAUAGCUCUGUAGCUCUGUAGCUCAGCUGGUAGAGCACGGCGCUUGUAACGCCAAGGUAGUGGGUUCGAUCCCCGGGACCACCCAUACACAAAAAUGUAUGCACGCAUGACUGUAAGUGGUUUUGGAUAAAAGUGUGCUAAAUGUGCAGUUUUGUCACAACACAGUUAAUGUUAAUUUCUCCUACCAUAAGCCGCCUCGAACGUCGUUUUAAAAGUGUCUGCUAAAUGACUUAAAUGUAAAUAUCCAGCAACUUCACACAGCCAUUGAAGAGGAGUGGGACAACAUUCCACAGGCCACAAUCAACAGCCUGAUCAACUCUAUGUGAAGGAGAUGUGUCACGCUGCAUGAGGCAAAUGGUGACACCAGAUACUGACUGGUUUUCUGAUCCACGCCCCUACUUUUUUUUUUUUUUUUAUGGUAUCUGUGACCAACAGAUGCAUAUCUGUAUUCCCAGUCAUGUGAAAUCCAUAGAUUACGGCCUCAUUAAUUUCAAUUCACUGAUUUCCUUAUAUCAACUGUAAAUCUUUGAAAAUUGUUGCGUUUUAUAUUUUAGUUCAGUAUAUGACAAUACAUUUCAUAACGCUUUUCACAACACAUUGUUCCCUCAGGCCACUACUCUACCACCACACACACUACCGGUCAAAAGUUUUAGAACACCUACUCAUUCAAGGGUUUUUCUGUAUUUGUACUAUUUUCCAUUCCAUGUGACUACCUCAUGAAGCUGGUUGAGAGAAUGGCAAGAGUGUGCAAAGCUGUCAAGGCAAAGGGUGGCUACUUUGAAGAAUCUCAAAUAUAUUUUGAUUUAUUUAACACUUUUUUUUGGUUACUACAUGAUUCCAUAUGUGUUAUUUCAUAGUUUUGAUGUCUUCACUAUUAUUCUACAAUGUAGAAAAUAGUACAAAUCAAGAAAAACCCUUGAAUGAGUAGGUGUUUUCUUAAACUUUUGACCGGUAGUGGAUAUACAAUACAAAAUCCAUGUGUACGUGUGUGUUAGCAUGUGUAUGUGUAGUGAUGUGGACACAGGAACUUUACUUUCAUGUAGUUCACGAUCAGCUCCUUUGUCUUGCUCACGUUGAGGGAGAGGAGGUUGUUUCCCUGGUACCACACUGCCAGGUCUCUGACGAGCUCCCUAUAGGCUGUCUCAUUGUCAUUGGUGAUCAGGCCUACCACCGUUGUGUCAUCAGCAAACUUAAUGAUGGUGUUGGAGUCGUGCCUGGCCAUGCAGUCGUGGGUGAACAGGGAGUACAGGAGGGGACUAAGCACGCAUCCCUGAGGGGCCCCGUGUUGAGGAUCAGCGUGGCAGAUGUGUUGUUGCCUACCCUUUCCACCUGGGGGCGGCCCGUCAGGAAGUCCAGGAUCCAGUUGCAGAGGGAGGUGUUCAGUCCCAGGGUCCUUAGCUUAGUGAUGAGCUUUGAGGGCACUAUGGUGUUGAACGCUGAGCUGUAGUCAAUUAACAGCAUUCUCACGUAGGUGUUCCUCUUGUCCAGGUGGGAAAGGGCAGUGUGGAGUGCAAUAGAGAUUGCGUCAUCUGUGGAUCUGUUGGGGUGGUAUGCAAAUUGGAGUGGGUCCAGGGUGUCUGGGAUGAUGGUGCUGAUGUGAGCCAUGACCAGCCUUUCAAAGCAUUUCAUGGCUACAUAUGUGAGUGCUAUGGGGCGAUAGUCAUUUUGACAGGUUACCUUGGCAUUGUUGGGCACAGGGACCAUGGUGGUCUGCUUGAAACAUGUAGAUAUUUCAGACUGGGUCAGAUGGAGGUUGAAAAUGUCAGUGAAGACACUUGCCAGCUGGUCAGAUGCUCUGAGUACACGUCCUGGUAAUCCGUCUGGCCCUGUGGCCUUGGGAAUGUUGACCUGUUUUAAAGGUCUUACUCACAUCGGCUACGGAGAGCGUGAUCACACAGUCGUCAGGGCCUUCUGAAUGUUGACCUGUUUAAUGUUGACCUGUUUAAUGUUGACCUGUUUAAUGUUGUAUAGAAAGGAAGCUUUCUGUGUGUGUGUGUGUGUGUGUGUGUGUGUGGUAGUUUUGAAGACGUGUUGCCUUGUUUCUUCCCAGGGUGGUAGGAGGCUUCGAGGCUCUGACAGCCAUGGAGAACAUAGAGGCUGAUCCUAAAACAGAUAAACCCAGGGUACACACACACACACACACACACACACACACACCAGGGUUUCCGUUAGGAGACUGUCGGCGCCGGACAUUUGACCAGCAGCAUUUUACAUUUAAUUAACCGGACCCAUAUGCAUCUUCCGAGAGGAGUGCGUAACACCAUAUGCAUUGGGUGCGUGACCUGAUUAGGGCGUCCACCCCAUGGUGCUCAGAAAGACAGAAAUCACAUUUACAAUAUGGUCAUUCAAAUUAACAGAACAUGCAAGUGGAGGACGCAAUGACGUGGUCCUUCUUACCCAAUUCUGAUGUGCACUUUGAAGAUGUUAAAAUAACUGUCCACGUUUACUCUUCCUCAGCCAACAGGACCAGUACCUAACAGCCAAAUCACUAGCCUGUGUCAAUCUACUAUCUGCCGGAGUAGAAAAGUUGACCUAUUCUAUUGGUCAGCUUGUUGAGAAAGAAAUAGCCUAUUCCAAACAGACAGUUGUGAGAUGAUAGAUCCCAGAUUCAUACAACCAGUAGGCCUAGGCGACAUUAAAAAAUACAAAUUUAAAAAGCAAUGAGUCUGAUGCCACAGAUCAGAACGUUUAGCUUAAAACGUUGAUUAACUAUUUAUUUCUACACAUUACAAGCACCGCAAGCAGUAGGCCCAACGAGAAUGUUCGUUCCAUAAUGUAAUUAACGGGAAAACACCUUCUCUCGGACAAUGGGCCAGCGCCAAUUUUAUUUAUCGGCUUUUCUAUCUUUUUUUUUAUGGUCCAAAAGCCAGCUAUUACGGGCUAACGGAAACCCUGACACACCCACUGGAUGGAGCAGAGAAGUACAACAGAGAAAGAUCCCUUGUUUUAGCUCCUUCCUCUCCUUCCUGUCUGUUAGCAGUAGUGAUCCCCUGUUCAUACCUGUUACCCUUCCUGUCUGUUAGCAGUAGUGAUCCCCUGUUCAUACCUGUUACCCUUCCUGUCUGUUAGCAGUAGUGAUCCCCUGUUCAUACCUGUUACCCUUCCUGUCUGUUAGCAGUAGUGAUCCCCUGUUCAUACCCGUUACCCUUCCUCUCCUUCCUGUCUGUUAGCAGUAGUGAUCCCCUGUUCAUACCUGUUACCCUUCCUCUCCUUCCUGUCUGUUAGCAGUAGUGAUCCCCUGUUCAUACCUGUUACCCCUUCCUGUCUGUUAGCAGUAGUGAUCCCCUGUUCAUACCUGUUACCCUUCCUCUCCUUCCUGUCUGUUAGCAGUAGUGAUCCCCUGUUCAUACCUGUUACCCUUCCUGUCUGUUAGCAGUAGUGAUCCCCUGUUCAUACCUGUUACCCUUCCUCUCCUUCCUGUCUGUUAGCAGUAGUGAUCCCCUGUUCAUACCUGUUACCCUUCCUGUCUGUUAGCAGUAGUGAUCCCCUGUUCAUACCUGUUACCCUUCCUCUCCUUCCUGUCUGUUAGCAGUAGUGAUCCCCUGUUCAUACCUGUUACCCUUCCUCUCCUUCCUGUCUGUUAGCUGUUGUGAUCCCCUGUUCAUACCUGUUACCCUUCCUCUCCUUCCUGUCUGUUAGCAGUAGUGAUCCCCUGUUCAUACCUGUUACCUGAUGACUCACUUUAGUAGAAACAGACUCCCAGAACUCAGCUAGAACUGACUGAAGCCUCCAGCUCCCACUAACCCAUCAGGGGCUUAAACUAUACUCACUCUCUUCUCUCUUCUCUCUUCUCUUUUUCUGUCUCAAUCUCCAGUCUGAGAUCAAGCUGCUGAGUGCCACUGUGUUCGUGGACCCUUAUGAAGAGGCAGAUGCCCAGGUUGGUGUGUUUGUUUGGUCUAUGAUCCAGUAAGAUGUUGUCAGUUAGCUGCUUUAUGCUCCUGACAUGUUUAAACACAACAUACAAUCAAGAGAGCUGAGUUUCUGAUGAGCACUGAGAUUGUUGGGGUGUGUGUAGAUUGCAGCGGAGCGCCACAGGGAGGUAGAGAAGCAGGAGGAGGAGAGAGCUCAGACCAGUGGGUCUCAGAAGAAGACUAAAGCAGAUCAGGCCCCCAAGACCUUCAAGGCUGGAAUAGGAAAAUACAUCAACCCUGCUACCAGCACCACAACCACGUGAGGCAACGCACACACACACACACACACACGCACGCACGCACACGCACACGCCAUUAACCCCAUCCUGUGUUGUGUGUGUAGGAAGCGUCCAGCAGUAGAGGACAGUGGACCGUCUACCAGUGGAGUGACCAGCGGAGCCAAGAAGGCCAAAGGAAAGACUGGCUUUGGAGACUUCAGCUCCUGGUAG